CGUACAAGACAAGAUGGAAACACGAUAGUCAUAUAUAGGACAUGCGCAAUGCAAGGUCGUUGAGAUUACCGGAACCUCCGGUUCAGCACCUUGUGACAAGCCCGCAGGUCCGAUAUCAACAACUUUUUCUCUCCAUCUGAAACCCUACUACACCAUGUCGAGCGAUCAAAAGGGAGCCGUCUCUGACGCGAGUGAUAACUCUUUGCAUGAAGAACAAACCUUACCUCGUGCCAAGGUCAAGUGGUACCGAUCAACAUACUACAAUGCAAUUAUCCUCGGACUAUGCAACUUCUGCGCUCCCGGUAUUUGGGGUGCGAUGAAUGCUUUGGGCGGAGGCGGCGAGCAGAGUCCGUUUUUGGUCAAUACUGCAAAUGCCCUGACCUUCUGUUUGAUGGUGCUCACUUGCGCGUUCUCCGGAGUGUUUGUGAAGUAUAUCGGCAUUCGGUGGACUCUGGUGCUUGGAGCCGCCGGUUAUUGCCCCUUCGCUGCUGGUCUAUACUGCAACAACCGAUUCGGGAGUGCUUGGUUUGUUCUUUUCGGUGCUGCAUGUUGUGGUCUCGGUGCCGGCAUUUUCUGGAUGGCUGAGGCUGCGAUUGCCAUGUCAUAUCCCGAACCGUACAACCAGGGCCGCUUCCUCGGCGUGUGGCUGAGCUUUCGGGUAGCUGGGCAGAUCCUUGGAGGUGCUGUCAAUCUUAGUCUCAAUUCGAACCGAAACUACUCUGGCUCAGUUUCUUUCGACGUCUACCUCGUCUUUAUUGCGAUCCAGGCUGCUGCACCGUUCAUUGGUCUGUUCAUCACAGCACCGAGCAAGGUGGAGCGAACCGAUGGAGCGAUCGUCAAGUGUGGCAUCGACAGAAGCCAGAAUACGUUGAAAGAGCUCGCAGAUACUGGCAGGCUUUUUCUUGGGAAACCUUUCUUGUUGAUCUUGCCCUUGAUCGCUCAGGCAGUAUUCGCAGAAUCAGUCUACUUCACCUUUCAGGGUCUCUGGUUUACGGUGCGCGCCAGAGCGCUGGCUUCAUUCCUGUCCGGCAUCGUCGCAUUGAUUGGAGGCAACGUGCUUGGAGCGUUCCUCGACAACAAAAAGCUAUCCAUGCGGCUACACAGCCGAUGGGCAUUCAUCGUUGUCCUCACUCUGCAGGGUGCCUGGUGGCUGUGGGGAACAGUGUUGGUGACUCAGUACCGCAAGACUCGACCGACCUAUGACUGGGUUGAUGCCGGCUUUGGAAGUGGUUUUGCCUGGUUCCUCCUGCAAGUAAUCGGGUUCCAACUGAACUAUAUGUACUUAUACUUCGUUGUUGCCAGCCUUGCGAAGAACGAGGCAGAGAUCAUUCGAUAUUCUGGUUUGCUCCGUGGAUCAGAGAGUGCUGUUCAAGCCGUCUCAUAUGGCUUGGGCAGCAUCGCAAUCAUGGGCGAGGUCGGCUGCACAUACAUCAAUUUCGGACUGUGGGCAUUUUCGUUGUAUCCGGCUUGGCUCGUGGUUCGACGGAUCGGUGAGAACGUCGACAAGGAAUGGACUAAAGCAUGAUUUGAGAUACAACACAUAAUGUGGGUAGUGAUGUAAAAGAAGCAUGUGAUGAUUGACCAUCGUGGUUUGAGUACAGAAUCAUCACGAGUUUCCCGUGCCCGGAUUGGGAGCUGUUCGGCGCAACCCGUGUCAUUCGUGUCCAGGGACAAGCUGCACAGAACCAUGAUGAUGUGAAGAAGCCAAUACUCGCGAGCUCUGGAAGACUUGGUUCGUGAUGCUCGCAUGAGCACAUGAGACAAUGGUCGCACAUUCAGCAGGAUUGCUUAUCCCUACAUGUCCGUCGAGGGAAU